AUGUCUACUUUGCCAGUCAGUACACAGCCCGCAGGGCUCCACCUCCCAGCCUCCUUCGCCCUCCUCCCCAUCCGGGUUCCCCCCAGCCGCCACCACAGCCGCUCACGGGUAAACGACGGUACCACAAGUUUCACGCCGCAGGUCCGGGAGCAGCAGUAUCCAGUACCAAUUUCCCACUUUAUUGUUCAGGUCAAGGCGCUUCCUGUCGCCUACAUGGAUCUGUCCCCCUACUUCACCACAGAACUCUCCGCCCUCCUCAGCCGUCGGCAGCACCGCAUUACUCGGUGCAGGAAAAUGCGCCAUCCCGCUCACACUGCGCAGGCGUCGUCACCGCCUUCCACUGCUUUGUCGCUCCGCCCCCUGCCCCCACCCCAAUUCACGCAGGCGCGGGGCAUUGCGGGUCUUGCAGUUCUCAUGGGCAAGAGCUUGCGCAUUGGCCCCUCAGGAGGGAAGGGGGGACGUGGGGUGGAGGGGGAGCGGUGUUUGCCCGUCAGUCGAGUCCGGAGUGAGGAGCUCUGGUACCGCGGCGGUGGGAGACUUUUGAGCUUAAGCUUGCCGCCGCCACGGCCACCGUUUGGAUCUCUGCCUGGAGGGAGAGGAAGAGGGUCUGUCGCUGCCGUCCUCAGGAGGGCAGCGCUAUUUGGGGCCCGGACCUCCAGUCCGGGAGGGAUUUUUCGUCGUCCCCCCUCCCCCAGCGAGGGAGCCCGAACGGCCGCCAAACAAAGGUACCAGUCGCCGCCGCGGGAGGAGGAGGAGCCGGAGCUUCAGCCUCAGCAGCCGCUGGACCCGCCGCCCUUCUUCCCCCAUCUCUCCCCCGGGCCUGCUGGUUUUGGGGGGGGAGCAGGGGAGGGGACUCUGGACGUGCCAGGGUCAGAGCUCGCCUCCGAAGAAGUGCAGGUGAAUCUGGUGUUUUCGAGGGGAUCGCGGUCCCAGAGUCGUCAUGAAGGCCCUUGAUGAGCCUCCCUAUUUGACAGUGGGUACUGACGUUAGCGCUAAAUACAGAGGAGCCUUUUGUGAAGCCAAGAUCAAGACAGCAAAAAGACUUGUCAAAGUCAAGGUAUAGUAUAUGCA